AUGCGCGUGAGUCGCUUCCGACCAAGCCGCCUCACGUCCUCAGCCUCAUCCCGUGCGCGGGUCCGGGCGCACGCCGACCUGGGGAUGGCCGCGCCUAGGGUGCUUGAUGGCAUAGCCAGCCUUCCCAAGACAUAUAAGGGAGUGCUUUUGGACCAGUUCGGGGUCCUGCAUGACGGACAGAAGCCGUAUCCGGGCGCGAUCGACGCCGUGAGGACGCUCGCGGAGGACCGAGGCGCGAAAGUGGUGCUGCUCUCCAACAGCUCGCGUCGGUCCGACCGCGCCAUCGACAAGCUCGCGGCGAUGGGGUUCCGGCGCGAGUGGUUCCACGGCUGCGUCACCAGCGGCGAGGUCACGCACGCCAAGCUCAGCGCCCGCACGGACCCGCCCUACGCCUCCCUCGGGACGCGCUGCCUGUGGUUCACGUGGGGCUCUCGCGGCUCCGUGUCCCUCGACGGGCUCAACGCCGACCCCGUCGCGCCCGACACCGCGCCCGCGGACAUCGACUUCGUCAUGGCGCACGGCACGGAGUGCGUCGGCGCCCCGGGCGGCGCGCUCGUGCCCAUGGAGGUGGACGCGAUGGUCGCGCUGCUUCAAAAGUGCGCGAAAGAGAAGCCCGGACUCAAGAUGGUCCUCGCGAACCCGGACAUCGUGACCGUCGACGGGUCGCAGCUGCGGCCCAUGCCCGGGUACCUCGCGCGGGCGUUCCGGGAGGCCGGGGGGGGAGUUUUAGUCAUGGGAAAGCCGGCGCCGGUGAUCUACGAAGCCGCGCUGGGGAUGCUGGAGCUGCCUCCCGGGGAUGUCGUGGCGGUGGGGGACUCCGUGGAGCACGACGUGGCGGGCGCGGCGCGGGCUGGCGUCGACUGUGUCUUUGUGGCGGGCGGCAUCCAUGCAGGUGCGUGCGGGGUGGACCCGGGGGCGUAUGUGGCGUCGGGGGGGAGUGAGCGGCGGCCGGUGGACGAGGACGGCGUGCGAGCGGUGCUGGCGGAGGAGGGCGUGGGGACGACGUACGUCGUGGACUUCUUCCGUCCCUGA